UUGAUUCGGAUCUUGGCAUCAGAAGAUUCCAAAGAGAAAUGCGAAUAAACGGCUUUAAAAUCCCCACCACUCAUACCCGCAUCCUUCCCGUCAUCAGAAAACCCCUCCGAAAAUAGCCGUUGCCACCUGCCAAAACCCGAAAUCCGUUGCCCACUCUCCCUCCCUCUCUCCUUCUCCCUCUCCCGGGGGACCCGGGACCAGCUUCUCCAUCCGACGGAUGGUAUUGGAGCUGCUUCUGCGGCAUCUAAGGCCAUGGUGAUGUCUCUGGUGUCGCCGAGGAGAUCAUCUUCCAUCAGAGAGGCGCUGUUCCAGACCGUCGGUGGGUCCUACUACCACCAACAUCAGAAGAAGAAGAGGACGUUAUCUGCUUCCUCUUCUUCCUCUUCAUUGUCUUAUGAGGAUUGUGAUGAUGGCGAUGGGACGAUGGAGAUGGUGCAGCUUGGAGCUGAGAGGACCAAGAACGUCUUGAUUCUGAUGAGCGAUACUGGAGGCGGCCACCGGGCGUCUGCCGAGGCCAUUAGAGAUGCUUUUAGAUUGGAGUUUGGGGACGAGUAUCAGGUUUUCGUGAAGGAUGUAUGGAAAGAGUACGCUGGUUGGCCAUUGAAUGACAUGGAGAGGUCAUACAAAUUCAUGGUGAAGCAUGUGCAGCUUUGGAAGUUUGCCUUCCAUGGGAGCUCUCCUCGUUGGGUUCACUGCGUUUAUCUUGCAGCAAUGGCUGCCUUCUAUGCCGAAGAGGUGGAAGCUGGCCUGAUGGAGUACAAGCCCGAUAUUAUCAUAAGCGUUCAUCCUCUCAUGCAACAUAUUCCUCUAUUGGUGCUCAAAUGGCAGGGCCUUCAAAAGAAGGUAGUUUUUGUUACAGUCAUUACAGACCUCAACACCUGCCACCGCACAUGGUUUCACCAAAGCGUCAACAGAUGCUACUGCCCCUCAGAGGAGGUAUCCAAGAGGGCUUUGCUGGAUGGCCUGGAAUCUAAUCAAAUCCGAGUGUUUGGCUUGCCCGUUCGGCCAUCUUUUUGCCGUGCGGUCAUUGAUAAGGAUGAGUUAAGAAAAGAACUUGAGAUGGACCAUGAAUUGCCUGCAGUUCUGUUGAUGGGAGGUGGUGAGGGAAUGGGCCCAGUCAAGAAAACUGCAAGGGCCCUUGGAGCAGCACUGUUUGACGAAGCGCUUGGUAAGCCAAUUGGGCAGAUGGUUGUCAUAUGUGGCCGUAAUCAAAUUCUAAGAUCUACUUUGCAAUCGGAUCAAUGGAAAGUGCCUGUGAAAAUAAGAGGAUUUGAGUCGCAGAUGGAGAAAUGGAUGGGAGCUUGUGAUUGCAUUAUAACAAAGGCAGGACCUGGUACAAUUGCUGAGGCUUUGAUAAGGGGGCUUCCUAUCAUUCUCAAUGACUUCAUCCCUGGACAGGAGGUUGGCAACAUCCCUUAUGUUGUGGAUAAUGGAGCAGGGGUAUUCUCUAAAAGCCCGAAGGAAACAGCCAGCCUAGUAGCUCAAUGGUUUGGCACCAAAAGAAAUGAGCUGAAGAGAAUGUCGGAGAAUGCACUGAAACUGGCGCAGCCAGAUGCAGUGUUCAACAUUGUUAGGGAUAUUGAUGAGUUGGCACGUCAAUGUGGGCCCAUGACCAGCAUCCCGUAUACACUGACCUCUUCAUUUUCAUACCCAAUAUAGAAGCUACACAAACUGCUGCGGUACCAACGUGGGUCCUACCAGUGUGCCAUGUACAGAUAGCAUUUGAUAUUCUUUGGCCUUAGAAUGGCUUGUUUGCUGAAUAAGUCCUGUAAGGUUUCAAGCAGGCUGAGUGUCGAGUUUGGAUAUCAGGUUCUUUUCAGUGAGUAUGUUAGAGUAGUUUGAUUUUGUGUAUUAUUUCCAUGUGUUCUUGUGUUAUCAUACUUUGCUGAGGGUGCAUUUGGAUGCUCGCCCAAUUUGUUUGCAAUCAUUAGUCUAAUAGAUUGAAAUAACUAAAUUGUAGAUUC